CGGGACCCGUCCAUUUCUUUGGGGUUUUUCUCCCACUUCACCUGCUCUUUUCCGACAUUCCAAGAUGUUGCUAGUUCUCGCCCUCUGCCAAGCUCUUUCCCAAGCCCUGGCUGCGAGUGGGGGUUCCCACUGGACAUACGAAGGCUCCGACGGGCAGACGCACUGGCCAGAGAGAUAUCCAGACUGCGGCUGGCAGGCUCAGUCACCCCUUGAUAUCCAGACAGACUUGGUCCAGUAUGACCCCUCUCUGCCCCCCAUUGAGCCAGAGGGGUACCGAGACCCUGGGAGCAGCUCCCUGACCCUGAGCAAUAACGGACACACAGUGCAACUCUCCCUCCCCGAGAAGCUGCGCCUGCACGGCCUGCCCAGCAUCUACUCAGCAGUGCAGCUGCACUUCCACUGGGGCAGCAGCAACAGCCGGGCCGGGGGCUCUGAGCACCGCGUGGACGGCCAGGCCUUCCCAGCAGAGGUUCAUGUGGUCCACUUCAACUCAGAGAAAUAUGCCAACCUGAGCGUGGCCAAACACCAACCGGAUGGGCUGGCGGUGCUGGGCAUUUUCCUGGAGGUUGACAGUGUGGAGAAUCCUGCCUACAACCACAUCUUGGACCGUCUGGACAGCAUCCUUUAUGCAGAGCAAGAAAUCACCGUUGCUCCCUUCAGUGUGCGAGAGCUGCUGCCGGCACAUCUGGGCCACUACUACCGCUACAGUGGUUCACUGACAACCCCGCCUUGCUAUCAGAGUGUGUUGUGGACAGUUUUCCACCAGCCAGCCCGCAUCUCUGCUGCUCAGUUGGAGAAGCUGCAGAAGUCGCUUUAUUCUACAAAAGAUGGGAAGACACCCUCAGAGUUGCUGGCCAGGAACUUCCGGGUGCCCCAGUUCUUGAACCGACGCGUGGUCUCCUCAUCCUUUCCCGUGGGGCCGUCUGGAUACUCUGCAGGUGAGAUCAUUGCCAUCAUUGUCGCAGUGCUCUUGGGCUGUCUGGGGGUCUUCCUCGCUGGCUGGAUUUUGGCAAAGAGAACCCGGUGAAUGUGGGACCCCAAUCCCGGUUCCUGCCAAAUUGCAUCGCGGCGCCAGCGUAAGGGAGGCUCCCGCAAGCCGUUCAAAUGAUCCUUUCCCCCACCCCAUUCCUUCCCACGUGGAGUACCAAGAAUGUCAAAACAGAGAAUUUCACUGGAAAAAGGAACACAAUAGGUAUUUAUUAAACUUCCUCCUGACCCAUCGCGA